AUGGAUGUACCAGCAUCUUCGCUCCAGUACGGAUCCAAAAAGAGGGUCAAGAUUCACCCAAACGCAUUGAGUGUGAAGUAUGCCACUCACUUUCCUCAGCCUGGCGAUGAAGGGUACGAUGAUGCGCCCUCUUUCGAGGAAUUUGGCGCCUUCGCGGAGGCUAACGUGGACAAGAGACUUGUCUCAGACAGCAAAGGUGGCAGGACUUUCUUUGGGACCAUGGAGACCCCUCCCAAGCCGCCAAGUGUGCAAAGAGACAAGGGGGUCGGGGGUCAGCUGGCGAGCUUCGGCGAGGCGAAUGUGUUGGCCUCCAGGGUGACCUGGAUGGCCUUAUUUGGGGCCGCCGUGGCUCACGGUUGCGUGGCACUGAUUACUCGUUUAGCAGCCGACCGCUCUAAAGUGCCCUCCCUCGAGCUGCUCUUCAUCCGCUCUGUGAUCCAAGUGCUGUCCAUCCUGGUGGUCUUCUACAACCACGAGGCCCCCUUUGGCCCUAAGGGCUACCGCCUGCGUCUCUUCUUCUACGGCAUCUGCAACGUUAUCUCCAUCACCUGCGCCUACACCUCUUUUGCCAUCGUACCCCCGAGUAAUGGCACCCUCAUGUGGCGUGCCUCUACCACAGUCUUCAGCGCAAUACUGGCCUUCCUGCUCCUGGAUGAGAGGCUGGGCUACACGGAUGUGGUCACGGUGGUGGGCAGCGUGUUUGGUCUGUGUCUGGUCAUGGUGCCGAACGUAGCGGACGAGGAGAAGUCCAGGUUGACCUUUUGGAAGGAGGCCUUUGGCUAUACAAUGACAGUGGUGGCCGGUUUGACAGCUGCCCUCUCCAUGAUCGUCUACAGAGCCAUUAAGGAGCGCGUGAGCAUGUGGACUGCACUCUUUACCUUCGGCUGGACAGGCACCGUGUGGGGCGCCUCCACCAUGUUUAUCAUGCAGGAGCCCAUCAUUCCUCUCGAUGGGGAGACCUGGGGCUAUUUAAUUGGGAUCUGUAUCUGCUCCACCGUGGCGUUCUUGGGAGUAUACUACGCUCUAAACAGGUUUCAUCCAGCCUUAGUCAGCACCGUGCAGCACCUCGAGAUCGUGGUUGCCAUGUUCCUCCAGCUCAUUGUCCUGAGGAUGAUCCCGUCCGUCUACGACGUCAUGGGCGGCCUGGUCAUCAUGAUCAGCGUGUUCACCCUGACAGGAGUGAAGCUGUACAGGGUGAGCAGGGCCGUUCGGCAGGAUUAUCAAGAGAUCCUGGACUCCCCCAUCAAAUGA